AUGGUAGCGCUUCUAGGCCCACCACCUCCAAAGUUUCUGCAACGAAGCGACAAGUGCGCCAAAUAUUUCGACGCCUCAGGUAACUGGUUAGGAUCUGUACCAAUUCCAGAUCAAUCAUUUGAGCAACGUGCUACCCAGCUAAAGGGGCCGGACAAAGAAUUGAUGCUGAAUUUGUUCCGAAAGGCUUUACAAUGGCUGCCGGAAGAUCGACCGACAGCGGAAGAGUUGGCAUUUGAUGACUGGCUUAUGGAAGCCUAUAUGGAAUCCAAGGCAGAACAACAGUAA